AUGGGCCUAAUGGUGAGUGACUCGGUCCAGGUCCAGAAAGAGAUUAGGGUUAAAAGGGGUGACGGUCCAAGUCCUCGUAAGAUUUCUUCUUCUUCCCUUUCACCGAUCGGUGCCGAACCCUCCACCUCUUCUGCCGUCGUGGAUCCUCAACCUUCUUCGUCCAUUACAACCACCACUGGAUUCAAACCUCAACGUCGCCAUGACACCUUCGUUCGAUUUUUCAUAACCGUACGUUCUCUCAAUGGCACGAUCUACACCUCGACCUCAUCUCCGAUUCAACUUCAACGACACGGCUUCGUCUCUGCGAGAGACCGCUCAACGAAUUUCGGAUUUCGGAUUUCGUUCGCACAAACGAGCUUCACAUUGUGCCAGCAAGAUCAAUGGAGAAAACAUCGAAAACAGAGGAAGAGUGAUUUACCUGUCAGAGACGCUCCGACGACGGAUCUAAUGGAAGAAUCGGAAACAACUCAGGUUUUGAACAAAUUACAACGUUUUUUUUAA